AUGGAAGAACUACAUUUGAUUCCAGCAAUGCUGUUGAUGGUCGGAAGUCUAACCGUUCAGCCUUUGGAGGACAGUGUACUGUGUCAGCUGAUGGAUACAAAAACGCCACCUGAAUGUGAUAACGGAUCAUAUAGAUAUAACUGUCUUGAGAACUGUGGAGCCUGUCUAGGAUAUAAGCAAUGUCAUCACAUCAAUGGGUCAUGUUUGGAAGGGUGUGACGCUGGGUAUGAAGGAGAACUCUGUACAACUGGUUGUUCGAGUGGAAAAUUUGGUAUUAACUGUGAGGAAGUCUGUAAUAAGAAAUGUGCUGUACCCAAUAAAUGCAAUGGAACGACGGGAGAAUGUGAGGGCGGAUGUCAGCCUGGAUGGGAAGGACUUCAGUGCAAACAGGGAUUUUAUGGAGAUGAGUGCAAAAAAGAAUGCAGUCUCUUCUGCAAGUCGUCACGUGACUGCAACCACGUGACUGGGUAUUGUAACGAAGGAUGUAUUGGUGGAUGGCAGGGUCUGAAGUGCUUGGAAGCUUUGUGCGUCUCUUUUACUGUCAUUUCAAUUUUGGUUGCCUACAUGUGUAUUAAUAGAAGGAGGAUCAAAGAGAGACAUGCGAAACAGAAGUACAAAGAAAACAAUUCGAUCAAAGCAGGAGGUUUGGACCUAUACAACAUUUCUACAGAAUCCAAUAGUGAUAACAAAUAUCAAGAGCUUGGUGAAUUGUCGCUGCCUUCAGAUUAUGAAGGACUCCGAUAA